AUUAAAUUUCCAAUAGAAGAAAUAAACUGAAUAAUUAUAUUAUUUUCUCUUUUCUUUUUAUUUCUAUCUUUAUAUUGUUAUCCCUCACGGUCUAAAAUAUUAUUCAUAAUACUUCUAAAAGAAAUAGGAAUUCAGCUAAGAAUUGCUUUAAAAAGUUAUAAAGAUAGUACAAAAGUUAUGUUUACAAGAAUCUUUUUAUUUGUGUUUUUUUCUAAUUUUAUUGGACUAGUUCCUAAUUCAUUUACAUCAACUAGGCACAUUACAAUAAACCUUUUUAUCUCAUUACCCCUAUGAAUAGGCUUUUUUAUUUAUGGGUGAAAGAAAUAUACUAAUAAAAUGUUUUCCCAUUUGGUACCAAAUGGGACUCCAAUACCCUUAAUUAGUUUUAUAGUAUUAAUUGAAUUAAUUAGUACAUCAAUUCGACCGUUUACUCUUAGAAUUCGUUUAAUGGCUAAUAUAGUAUCUGGCCACCUCUUACUUACUCUUAUAGGUAAUACAAUAAGAUUAAAAAGACCCUUUAUAGUAAUAAUUUUAUCAAUGAUUCAAUUACUUUUAUCAUCACUUGAAAUAGGAGUUUCUAUAAUUCAGGCUUAUGUAUUUUGUAUUUUAUUAACUCUUUACUCGGAUGACUCAGAUUACUCAAAAUAA